AGAACCAGCCAGGCAGAAGUCAGAGCAGGAGGAGCUGUCUUCCGUGUCUCCACUCAGGUCCACAACAUGGCAGUGGGAGUCGCCAGAGUCAUCCUGCUGGGCCUCUUUGGGCCUGUCCUCUGCCUGACCGAUGUCCAGACUUCUGAGUCCAGUGGCUCCCAGGCCCAGCAAUGCUACAGCUUCCAACACAUCUACUUCGGGCCCUUUGACCUCAGUAAUGUGAACUUCAGCAAUGUCUUCUGUCCGCAGGGAUGCUCUGAGGCUGUCUUGUCCCUGAACACUGGGUACCGCUCCUCAGUGACCUUGGUACAGAAGGGCUGCUGGAGUGGCCCGCUCACGGGCCAGAUGCUGUCGGACGACAAGUCGCUGCCGCCUGACUACUCGGUCGUGCGCCGCUGUGCCACCGACUUGUGCAACGCGAACCUCCAGACCCACGACUCCCUCCCCAAUCUGAGCCCGGCGCCCAACCCGCCGACGCUCAGCGGCACCGAAUGCUACGCCUGCGUGGGGAUCAACCCAGAAGACUGCACCCCGGAGAAGUCCCGGCGGGUCAAGUGUCACCAGGACCAGAGCGUCUGCUUCCAGGGCAAUGGACGAAUGACUCUUGGCAAUUUCUCAGCCCCUGUGUACGUCCGAACCUGCCAACGGCCCUCCUGCACCAUCAAAGGCACCACCAGCCCCUGGACAAACAUCGACUUGCAGGGCUCCUGCUGUGAGGGGGACCUCUGCAACAGGGACUCCCUGACCCAGUCUUUCACCAGCGCCUCGGACACUGCUGCUCCCUGGGUGCCCCAUGUCACGGGCCUGCUCCUCAUGGUCUCCCUGCUGGGUGGUGCUCUGGGAGGACCCCUCGGGCUCGCCUCAUAGUCAGUCCCUCCAGCCUCUUCCUGAGUGGGAUGCUGCGGGCAGGGCACACACAUCCCCUUCUGAUUGCUUCACUCCCUGGAAUGUGGAAAAUCAGAGUUACACACCUGUCUCUCUCUCUCUCCCUCCCUCCCUCCUGCUUUCCUACUGAUGCCUAGCCCUUACCUGGUCAGCAGGCCUGGAAGAAACUGGGCAAGGUCCCCAGAACCCCAGGGUGGGGAGAAAUGGCCACAUCCCACAUAAAGAGCAAAUCUGAUCCUGUGCUGAGCACCAAACAGGCCCAGCCUCCCCACAGUCCAUUUCCUGUUGUGGGUUUCCUGGUCUGAGGCUCUCCCAGAACCUAACCAGCUCCAGCAGGGAGCUACAAGGAUGUCUUUAUUAGUACCAUCAUGGGAGACUUGAAAGGCAGUAUAACCAGCAUAUCCUAGACAUUAGGAGCCCAGACCCUGAAGCCAGGCUGCAUGGGUUCAAGUCCCACCUCUACCAUUUAGCCUGUGGGUGACCUUGGUGGUUACUUAACCUCGCUGAGACUGUUUCCUCACCUGUUGGGCAGAGGUGAAAAUAAAGCCUACGAUAAUGACAAGA